AUGUGUAUACCAAGUUUUUCAUGUACGUUUGUUCUUUCUGCAGCCAAUAUCCGUGCUGUAAAGAGGGAGCAAUUCCGACAGCAGCUAAAGGAGAAGCCUGGAGAGGAAUUAGAAUCCACCUUUUUUGACAAUCGUGUGCUUGUGGCACCUGCUCAGCGCAUUCGCAAGGGCUUCAAAUUUCAUGAACAGGGUCGUUUUGAGAAGAUAGCACAAAGAAUUAGAACAAAGGCCCAGUUGGAGAAGUUACAGAAUGAAAUUGCUCAGGCGGCAAGAAAGACUGGAAUCCAAGCCUCCACAAAGCUAGCUCUGAUUGCUCCCAAAAAGGAGCUUGGUGAAGGAGAGGUACCCCACAUCGAGUGGUGGGACUCGUACAUCUUACCUACAAAUAAAGAAUAUGCUUCACAGACUAAAUUUGAAGAAUUGGAGCUUUUUGGUGUAACAAACCUUGUAGAACACCCAGCUCAAAUAAAACCACCAGUGGACAUGGAUAAAGCGGUAACGCUAGGCGUAUACUUAACAAAGAAAGAACAAAAAAAGCUCAGACGACAAACUCGCAGAGAAGGCCAAAAAGAAGUACAAGAAAGAGUGCGUCUGGGUCUGAUGCCUCCACCAGAACCCAAAGUUCGUAUUUCUAAUCUGAUGAGGGUGCUUGGGACCGAGGCAGUCCAGGACCCCACAAAGGUUGAAGCGCACGUUCGAGCACAGAUGGCCAAACGACAGAAGGCUCAUGAAGAGGCCAAUGCAGCUCGUAAGCUCACAGCAGAACAAAGAAAAGAAAAGAAAGUGAAGAAGUUGAAAGAAGACCUAACUAAUGGUGUUCAUAUUGCAGUUUACAGAAUCCGCAACUUGCACAAUCCUGCCAAAAAGUUUAAGGUUGAGGCCAAUGCCAACCAACUGUACCUGACGGGCACUGUCGUUAUGCAUAAAGACAGUAACAUUGUAGUGGUGGAAGGAGGCCCCAAAUCACAAAAGAAAUUCAAAAGGCUCAUGAUGCACAGAAUCAAAUGGGUAGAACUCAGCAGUAAAAGAGAUGAUCGUGAUGAUGAUGAUACAAAGAGGAAUAACAAGUGUUGGCUGAUAUGGGAGGGCACUGCUAAGGAGCGCAGUUUUGGGGAAAUCAAGUUUAAACAGUGUCCAACUGAAAGUAUGGCGAGAGAACAUUUCAAGAAGCACCGUACUGAACACUACUGGGACCUUGCACUGAGUCAUAGUGUGUUGGAUGGCACUGAUGACUGA